AUGGAGGAAGUGCAGGUAGUCAUCGUAGGAGCCGGUCCGGCAGGCUUAGCAACCUCAGCAUGUCUUAAUCACCUUAAGAUUCCAAAUGUAGUACUCGAAAGAGAAGAUUGCUAUGCUUCUCUUUGGAAGAAAAAGUCAUAUGAUCGUUUGAAGCUACACUUGGCCAAAGAAUUCUGCGAACUUCCCUAUAUGCCCUUCCCUUCAAAUGCACCCACAUACAUCCCUAAGGAUAUGUUUGUUCAAUACUUGGAUAAUUACGUAUCCCAAUUCAAGAUAAACCCUAAGUGCAACCGGAGUGUGAAGUCUGCUUUUUUCGAUGCAAAUGUAGAGAAAUGGCGUGUCACAGUCGAGAACAUACUUUCGGGUGAACAAGAAAUAUAUCUUGGGAAGUUUCUUGUGGUUGCAAGUGGUGAAAAUAGCGUCGGUUACAUUCCUCACGUCCAAGGCUUGGACGGGUUUAAAGGGGAGGCAGUACAUUCGAGCAAGUACGAAAACGGCAGGAAAUAUAGUGGAAAAAAUGUUUUGGUAGUUGGUUCUGGGAAUUCAGGCAUGGAAAUUGCUUAUGAUUUAUCAAAUUCGGGUGCUAAUACUUCCAUUGUUGUCCGUAGCCCGGUACAUGUUCUCAACAAGGAAAUCGUACAUUUUGGAAUGGUUUUGUUGAAAUUCAUACCACUUAAAAUGGUUGACAAGGUUGUUGUGCGCUUAGGAAAAUUAAAGUAUGGAAAUUUAUCCAAGUUCGGGAUUCGAAGGCCAAAAGAGGGACCUUUUUAUCUCAAGGCAACUAAGGGUCGAUCUGCCACUAUCGAUGUUGGGUGCAUUAAGAAGAUCAAAACAGCAGAAAUAAAGGUCUUGCCUUCCAUAACAAGCAUUGACGGAAACCUAAUCAAAUUUGCGAAUGGAAACUAUAACUGGUACGACGCUAUUAUCUUUGCUACCGGCUACAGUAGCAGUGUUCUAAACUGGUUUAAGGAUGACAACGAUUACUUUGAUGACAAUGGAAUGCCACGAAAAAGUUUCCCGAAUCACUGGAAAUCAGAAAAGGGUCUUUACAGUGCUGGAUUCUCAAGGCGUGGAUUAUUUGGCAUUGCGGAUGAUGCACAAUGUAUAGCAAAUGACAUCAGUUCGUGUUUGAACUAG